AUGGAUACUCUGCUGCUCAAGCUUUCCUUUCACGCAUUUUGCUUUCUUUUCCUCCUCACGGCUACAACCUCCGCCACCAUCCUCGGCGUCACGUACACUUCUCCUCUCACGCCUCCAUCUUCCUCCGCCGCCGUGAUCGGCGUUUGUCCCAUCACCUCGCUUCCAUCCUCCUCCGCCUCCUUCGUCGGCGUUUCUCCUCUCACCUGGCCUCCGUCCUCCUCAAUCGACGGCAAUACUUCCGUGCUUCCUCCUCCACCGCAGCUUUCUCAUCCCGAGGCCAUCGCCUACGCUGUAUCCACCCUCGGAUUCCGCGCAUUGCGUCUCUCCCAUCCAGAUCCCGGCAUCAUCCGAGCCCUAGCCUUCACCAAUGUCUCCCUGCUCAUCUCAAUCGAGAACGAGCUGCUCAUCCCGCUGGCAUCCAGUCGCUCUGUGGCCGACGACUGGCUUCGAGUCCACGUGCUCCCUUUCUACCCGCGCUCCACGAUCGCCGUAAUCUCCGUCGGAGACGGCACCGUCCCCAUCUUGCAAUCGGAACUACUAUUGCCGGCGAUCCGUAACGUAGACUUGGCGCUGCAAGAUUUCGGGAUCAAGGACAUCUCCGUCACGGCGACUCUCUCUUUCCUCGACGUCGUCACCGGCAUAAUCCCACCGUCUCUGGCCACUUUCCGAGAGCCGAUGGGAGAACAGGUGAUCCGGCCGCUGCUCCAGUUCUUGGAAGAUCACAGUUCGGUAUUGUUGGUGGAUCUGUCCCCGUACAAGGUCAGCCGGAUGUACUCGCAGAUCCCGCUGGGAUUUUCUCUGUUUCAGGGAGGAGAACAGAGCUUCUAUCGUGAUUUUAGCACCGGAUUGACGUAUCAUAACAUGUUCGAUUUAAUGGUGGAUGCUGUGGCUAAUUCGUUGGAGAUUUUUGGCUACGAAGAUAUGCCUCUGGUGGUGGCCGCAGCUGGCUGGCCAAGCUCCGCCGUGGGCGAAGACGGCAGCGCCGAUCCGGACGCCACUCGGGCCAAUGCUGAGGCGUACCUCAGCUCCCUCGUUGCACAUCUUAAAGUGACGCCGGAGAGGAAUCAAGUGAUGAAGCAGGUCUACUUGGAGCACUUAAUCGACGCCGAGACCGAGCAGGGGACUCAGAUUUGGGGGAUUCUUGACCGCAACCUCAGCAACAAGUAUCCUCGCACCGACUUCUCGUCCUCUGCCGCCGCCAGCAUUCAAGGUAUGACGAAAACUCCGAAGAAGCGGAUGAUACCACGAGAUCCAGUCACGGUUUCGGAUUAUUUCCAAGGGCGACCUGCAAAUUGGACGUGGAUGGCUAUCUGGGUGUAUGAUAGCCUAUUGGUGGUGGCGAUCAUUUGUGUGCUGUUCUUUGUUUCAGCGGUUUUGUUUCUUGGGUUGGAGGUGGGGAUUGUAGUGGCUAUCCGUGGCCUCUUCAAUUGA